GACCUUGCCAUCAGCCUCAGAAUCAAACUGGGAGACUGGUUCAGGGUGCUUCAGCUACUCAAAACUGGCUCUGGAGACUGUGAUGAUGCUCUGCUAGAACAGGCGUACAAUGCAAUCGGAGAUUACUUUGCUGACAGACAGAAGUGGGUCAAUGCAGUGCAGUACUACCUUCAGGGCCGUAACCAGGAGAGGCUUGCAGAGUGCUACUACAUGUUAGAGGACUAUGACGGCCUUGAGAGGCUGACCACUGUGCUGCCAGAGAAUCAUAAACUUUUACCAGAAAUUGGACAGAUGUUUGCUACUGUGGGCAUGUGUGAACAAGCUGUGAACGCCUACCUUAAGUGCAACCAGCCCAAAGCUGCUGUUGAUACAUGUGUCCAUCUGAACCAGUGGAACAAAGCAGUGGAACUUGCUAGAACCCACAACAUGAAGGAGAUUAAAUCUCUUCUGUCCAAAUAUGCCUCACAUCUUCUUGAGAAGAAUAAAACUCUAGAGGCAGUGGAACUGUAUCGGAAAGCCCACCAUUUCCUUGAUGCAGCCAAACUCAUGUUUAAGAUAGCGGAUGAGGAGGCGAAGAAAAGGACUCGACCGCUGCGGGUGAAGAAGCUCUAUGUGCUGGCAGCACGUCUCGUUGAAAAUUACCACGAGCAGGUGAAAACGUCACAGCAGAGCAAAGCCAAAGGGAAGAAGUCUGAGGCAACAUUUGCACUUGCUGGGCUGCUCGAGGAAGAUGCAACCUCUUCAGACAAUCGUGUUGUGGACAACGCCUGGCGUGGAGCUGAGGCUUACCACUUCUUCCUCCUUGCUCAAAGACAGCUGUAUGAAGGCUACAUGGAGAACGCCAUGCGCACAGCCAUUCAUCUGUGUGAGUAUGAGGACAUCAUUCCAGCAGUGGAGAUCUACUCUCUACUUGCCAUUUGCUCCGCAGCCAACCGGGCGUUUGGCACAUGCUCACAGGCCUUUAUCAAACUGGAAUCUCUACCUAGUCUGGAACCUGAACUGCGGCAGUUCUACGAGGACCUGGCCCUGGAGAUCUUCACCAAGCAUGCACCGAAGGACAGUCGCACGAUGGAGCGGGAAAGAUCAUCAGAGGGGGCAGAAGGAAAGUUACCCACAUGCAUCGUGACCGGUCUGCCGAUCCAGGAGUACCAGUUCUGGAUGUGCAGUGUGUGUAAACACUGUGCUCUGGAGCAGGAGAUUGGAAAAUAUAACUGCUGCCCUCUGUGCCACACUCCUGUAGUAUGAAGCAGAGGGACUUUUUUCAGACAGAAAACCACACUUCAAAACAUUUAAUGUACUUUACUCACAUAUUGUUUCUUUUUAUGAAUUUAUGGAAUAUAUUUGUUAUUCUUAUUUUGUUGUUGUCCUCUUUUUGUGGUUAAGUCUGUAAUAUUCAGUUAUGAAGGUACAAACAGAACAAAGACCUAAACUGAUAUUGUCAAACAGCAAAAUAUAUGUUCAGCAAGCUUCAGCUUAUCCCUCUUUAUAUAAUUGAUUUAAAUGUUGAGUUCUUUUACAGUGAAUGUUGUAAAAUACUUGAAUGAAUAUAAAUGCUUUGUUAACUAUUUUUAUAUUGAGGUCCACAGUGAAUAAACAGUGUAUAAAAUGUA